AUGAAGCAACCCGACGUCGAAGCCCCAUCUACCGCCCCUAAUACCCCCCAAAGACAACCGAUUGUUAGAAUCGCCGGUGCCAAUACAAACGGACAGAUCUACGGGGCAUCCAACUACAUGAAGGCCGGUACCUAUGGCAAUGUUCUCUUGGGCGAAACCGAGUUCGAAGACUUCGCUCCUGCCCGAUGUGUCUGCUGUGGGUGCUUUGUCAAUGACAAAAUGAGGAAGCGCACAUACUAUCGCGUCUAUGAGAACCGUUUUGAGUAUAACGAAGUCAACGCUCCCUGUCUUUGUUUUUCCAAGGAACGUUGUAUUGGAGAUUACACUCGUGUUCAUUACUUUGACCAGCAGCCUUCUCGAAGCGCCAACGUUUGCGGGUGUAUUCCAUGCAUCUGUUGUGGACCACCGGUUGUCUAUUACCAUGUCCCCAAGUUAUGGGGCUGCUUCGAUCUCCGCAGUUGCUUCGGAGAAGGGGUGUAUUCUUCUCCAUGCAACUGCUUUGACUUGAGAGUCUUCAUUUGUAUUGGACGUCCGUGCUACCAGAUGUGGGCGUGCCGUCUGGCUCGCGGUACCAAGAAUACGGAAGCAUUCGUUUCCAAGUGGCGUGGUGCUGUCGAAGAAUAUGGCAGUUCUCGUGGUAUUCCAAAAGAACAGCAAGCUGUCUUCCGCAAGAACGUCGACCGUAUUUGCAGUUGCGAUUAUGCUCGCACCGUUCCUGCGACUCAUCCUGCAGAUGCGGCUGCAGCUGCAGGUGCACCUGUAGCUGUGACCACAGGGCAUACAAUGGAACGUUGA